CAGACCUUCCGGCGGGCGCACUCAGGUUUGCAUCACUGAUCCCCGACCGACCGUUUUAUCAGCCCCUUUGCGGGACUCCUGGUGCUCGCGCUUACGUUCCUAACCUCUGGCGCGCGCAAGUGGGAAAAAUUUACAUAACCUCAGCAUGAAAUAUAGGAUAUUGAACGAAAGCUCGAUGGCUCACGCGCAGCGAACUGCGAGUGUACGAGGCUGCGAGUAGCGACCGUCAGUUUAUCGAUACCUUGAAGAUAGAUAAGCAGGCAAAAAAACAACGAAAUAAGCGUUAGAAUAAAAAAUUACAUAGGUAUGUCUUUCAUAUCCGAGCUCUAGUAUGCAUGCGGCCCUGGCGAGAUCCCCGUUCAAAAGUAACGUGCUGCAUUGCACCAAGUCGACGCAAUUGGUACGAUUGUACUCGACGAGGCAAGGCGCCAAGUCGAAUCAUUACGACACGUUGAACAUCACGCCGCACGCCACCCAGACCGAGGUGAAGUCGGCGUAUUACAAGCUGACCCUCCAGUAUCAUCCCGACAAGAACAAGAGCGAGUACGCCAAGAAAAAGUUCCAAGCCAUCUCGGAGGCUUACGAAGUGCUCGGCAGUCAUGAGCAGCGCAAGAUUUACGACCGGACUAUGCUGCUGCACCGGCAACCGUCGGUGUCGGCCACCGCCGAGCAGCCCGUGUCCCGCUACAGCGACAAGGUUUACUCGGGUUCGUCCAAGAUUUACAAUUUUGACGCGUGGACGCAGGCGCACUACGGAAAGCAGAUACGCGAUAGGCGCAAGAGGAGAGACUUGUAUGAGCAUGCCAAGAACUUGGAGGAAAAUUGGUCGCACUCGAACAGCAACAAGUACACGGAAAUCGCCAUAUUUUUGCUCACUCUGACGAUGAUAGCAAUGAUUUUUCGGGAGAAGCCCGACACACCGAGAUCCGCGAGACGCAAUAGCGAGAGUAAAGAUGGCAAAACUUAGUCUACAUUUAUCUAUUUGAAUAGUACAAAUUUGUAUAUACGUUCGCGCAUGACGAAUGUACAAAGUUCAUGCCCGCUUAUCGUUUAUGUCUAUUAGCAAGAGUAAGAACGAGAUUAAAAUAGAUCGUGAUGAGAAA